AUGCAUGAGCUUUUAAUGUCACUAAACCGUAAAGGGAAGCCAGCACACGGGUUCAUCAAUGAAAUUGCCAAGAAGUACGAUGUGCAUAGGAAGACAAUCGGAAGGAUAUGGAGACAGAUUCGGGAUCAAAUAAAUAAUAAUCAAGUUCCAAUUAAUGUCAACAACAAGAAGAAAGGCAGCAAAGGAAGGCCACCCAUCCCCUUUAAUGAAAACAAAUUCAAGUCAAUUGAAAAAGUGAAGAAGACAACUUUAAGAGCACUGUCAAGGGCCAUGGGAGUUAGCCAAACCACAAUCUGCAGAUGGAAAACAAAAAAGUACUUUCGAAAGCACACUAACGCAAUCAAAAUGUUACUUACAAACAAAAAUAAACUUGACAGGUUAAUUUUUUACCUUACUAGUUGCAUUUUAGAUGAGCAAACAAGCAACUUCACAUUUAAUAAAAUGUCAAAUGUAGUGCACAUAGAUGAAAAGUUGUUUUACAUUACAAGGACACAACAAACAUUUUAUCUGAUUCAAGAUGAAAUAGAGCCACAUAGAGAAAUCCAAUUUAAAAGAUUUGUCCCCAACAUCAUGUUUAUGUGUGCCGUUGCAAGACCAAUCUUUUCUAGUGAAGGUGAGAUGAUUUUUGAUGGAAAGAUAGGCAUAUUUCCUUUUACACAUGAAGUGGCAGCACAAAGGAGUUCAAAAAACAGGAAGAGUGGAGAGCCAGAGACCAAACCAAUACAAUCAAUCACUAAAGACAAUGCUAAACCACACAUUUUAGAUGAUGAUGAAGUGUUUAGAGAGGUGGCAACAUUUGAUGGUUUUAGCUUCCACUUAGUGCAACAACCUCCUAACUCACCAGAUAUGAAUGUGCUUGAAUUAGGGUUCUUUAGGUCAAUACAAUCGUUACAACAUCAAAAAUCAGCAUACAACUAUGCACAAUUAGUAAACGCAGUGACUGCAGCAUUUGACAAUCUGAAACCAAAUGCACUGAAGAAUGGAAGGGAGACUCCCACAUUGUUUGGGGGUACAAAAGAAAAUAAUUUACGAAGCAAUAAGUUAUCUGGACACAAAGGUGGAUGA